UAAAACUUUCACGCAGCAUAGUAUUAUUGGCUGGGAAUAGCAAAAUAAGUUUUUCUACACGUGUGGUUACCUAGGCUGAUUUGAAUUAAGAUUGGAACGAAAGCUCUUGCUAAACUUGCUAACAAUUCUUAUAAGCCUUCGCGUGCACUACAAGCCCCGGAGUUUAAGUUUAUAUCUAUGUUUCUUACAAGCAACAGAAAAAAUGAAAUGUUUGGGCUCUCUAUCUCUAUCUAUAUAAACGCCCUCUCAUUUUUACAACUCUUUAAUUCUUUGUCCACUGACGCAAAGCAUCCUCUCAUCUUUCAAUCCAUACACCCACAGCGUUCUUGGCAGUAUUGAGAUUCACAGGUUGACGAGGUUGCAAUGGGGAAAAGAAUUAGUGCACGCAUCCGAAAAUUUAUUUCCUGUACUGGUGCAGAACCCGGGCCCACCAGACCGCCUACUUCAAUGAGUGUGGAUGUAACAGAAGAAUACGCUAAUGCCUUCCGCACCGAAUCAUACCUCGACUUCUGGACACGUGUCGUGGCGUUAUCCAAUGGAGACUCAACCAAGACCAACAAGCGCAUGCCAAUGGAGUCAACUACCGCAGCUCGGCUCCCAUCCUAUCGGCUCUUCGCGGAGCACCUUUUGGAUCCGGACCAACCCAUGGUUGCUCGGAUCUUAACCAUGGCCCCGAACCACCCUACACUUUUAUCCGACUACUUCACCCAAACAGCCGACGCUUCCAUCCUAUGUGGCCUCCUAUUAAAAGAUAUUGACCGUACACGUGUCAAAUACCGUUCCAUCAAAACCAGCCUCCAAUCCUUAAAUGACAGGUCUACCCCUGAAACACUAACCCGCCUAACCAAAUUAACCACUGCCUUGUCCCUGAUUCGCAUUCAAGCCAUUCAAGCUGGGUGCUCAAACUUGCUAAAACGACUCGAGUCAACUCGCAACAAGGCUCGAGCCAAGCUCCGGCUCGCAAACAAAUUAAGAGCCGGCUCAGCUAUUUUCUUAGUCGCGCUAACGGCUUCGUUAAGUGUAAUUGUAGUCACGCAUGCUCUUGCACUAGUUGUGGCGAUGCCGGCUUUUAUAGCUGCUUCCCUUGACUUGGCUUCGCAGAGGAGGCUAGCUAGGAUGGCUGCUCAGCUCGAUGCAGCCACCAAGGGGACUUACAUACUAAAUAGAGAUCUAGAGACUGUUAGCCGGCUCGUGGCUCGGCUGAAUGAUGAGAUAGAGCAUAUGCAUGGCAUGGUUAAAUUUUGGGUGGGCCGUGGAGAGGACUGGAGCCAAGCCAGCGGCGAAGUGGCUCGCCAGCUGAAGAAAAAUGAUUGUAGCUUUAGGCAGCAGCUCGAUGAGCUAGAGGAACAUUUGUAUUUGUGUUUCAUGACCAUUAACAGGGCCAGAAAUCUAGUUGUGAAGGAAAUUCUGGAUCCGGGUCAAAUCACACUAUGACCCAUAAAUAGUACCCUAAUUCCUUCUCAAAAUGACAAAUUUCUGGCCAGAAUUUGAAGUAAUUACAAAGAUGAAGUUUUCUUAGCUUUGAAUGCCCCCGCGGCUGGGGGUGGUUGAAUGUAGAAAUUAUUGUCCUUUGAUUGGACAAAUUAUUGGGUUAUAAGUCUCAUCUUUAGUCA